AUGAAGCCCAGCGCAGAGUGCUGUUCUCCCAAGUUCUGGUUGGUGUUGGCCGUCCUGGCCGUGUCCGGCAGCAAAGCUCGUUCCCAAAAGAGCCCCCCCAGCAUCGGCAUCGCGGUCAUCCUCGUGGGCACUUCAGACGAAGUGGCCAUAAAAGACGCCCACGAGAAAGAUGACUUCCAUCAUCUCUCAGUAGUUCCCCGGGUGGAGCUGGUAGCCAUGAACGAAACUGACCCAAAGAGCAUCAUCACCCGUAUCUGCGAUCUUAUGUCCGACCGGAAGAUCCAGGGGGUGGUGUUCGCUGACGACACUGACCAGGAAGCCAUCGCCCAGAUCCUCGAUUUCAUUUCUGCUCAGACUCUCACCCCUAUCCUGGGCAUCCAUGGGGGCUCAUCUAUGAUAAUGGCAGAUAAGGAUGAGUCCUCCAUGUUCUUCCAGUUUGGCCCGUCCAUUGAGCAGCAAGCUUCCGUCAUGCUCAACAUCAUGGAAGAAUACGACUGGUACAUCUUUUCCAUCGUCACCACCUACUUCCCUGGCUACCAGGACUUUGUGAACAAGAUCCGCAGUACUAUCGAGAACAGCUUCGUGGGCUGGGAGCUGGAGGAAGUCCUCUUGCUAGACAUGUCUCUAGACGACGGCGACUCGAAGAUCCAGAACCAGCUGAAGAAGCUCCAGAGCCCCAUCAUCCUCCUCUACUGCACGAAGGAAGAAGCCACGUACAUAUUUGAGGUAGCUAACUCGGUCGGGCUGACGGGCUAUGGCUACACAUGGAUCGUGCCUAGUCUGGUGGCGGGGGAUACAGACACGGUGCCCUCUGAGUUCCCCACCGGGCUUAUCUCUGUGUCCUAUGAUGAGUGGGACUAUGGCCUUCCUGCCAGAGUGCGAGAUGGGAUUGCCAUCAUCACCACUGCUGCUUCUGACAUGCUGUCCGAACACAGCUUCAUCCCUGAGCCCAAGAGCAGUUGUUACAACACCCACGAGAAGAGGAUCUACCAAUCUAACAUGCUGAAUAGGUAA